CCCAGCCUCCUUCCCGCCCGCAGCCUGCUUCGGGGCUGGGGUUGUGUGAGGGAAGCCCGAACGUCUUCGUGCGCGGUGCUGCGCCGGGCUCUGGAGAGAGGCCUGGGCCGCGGGGGAACUCCUGCGGGCGAGCGGGGGGAAGCUAUUUGAUUAACAAAAUGAAGCCUGCAAAGCUGCGCUGUUGGGUUCUGGGUUGGUUUUCUAUGGCAUUAUGUGGUUGGUGUACUUCAGAUAAAUUCACUCAAAGCGACAACCACCCUCAUACCUGGAAGAAGCUGUAUCUUGUUCAUCAUUGGCCAGUGACUGUAUGUAAGAUGAGUGCUAAUGAUUGUGAACACCCUCCAGAGUACUGGACAAUCCAUGGGCUGUGGCCUGACAAAACUGAAGAGUGUAACAGGACGUGGCAUUUCAAUGUCAACGAGAUUAAGGAUCUUUUAUCAGACAUGAGACACUCUUGGCCUGAUGUGCUUCAUUCGUCUCUGAAUCGCACCCAGUUCUGGAAACAUGAGUGGGAGAAACAUGGCACCUGUGCAGCCACGCUUCAGGUCCUUAAUUCUCAGAAGAAAUACUUUGGUAAAGCCUUAGAACUCUACCAUCAUGUCGAUCUUAACAGUUGUCUCCUGAAAGCUGGAAUAAAGCCAAGCAGUUCAUAUUACGAGAUGACUGCCAUAAAGGAAGCUCUUACAAGAUUUUAUGGUGUAACGCCAAAGAUCCAAUGUCUUCCUCCAGAAGAGGGUGAAAAAGCACAAACAAUUGGUCAGAUUGAAUUCUGCUUCACCAAAGAACUGCAGCUGAGAAACUGCACAGCACAGAAGGGUGAAUCCGACCCAAUGCCGGCUGACUAUAAGCUUGGAACUGAGGAAUUGUCUGUCUGCAGUGAUACUCUCCCAACAUAUUAUCCUUCACAAGUUCAAGAUCACAAAUGAAGCCAUAAGAGUUUGAAAAACUUUUUGAACAGUAACAAACCCCAAAUCCUUAAAACAUUAUGCCUUGGGAAGCAGUCUUGACUUAGCAAUAUUACAAAGCCCUGUCCAUAUCACAGGCAUACUGUGAAGAUUACUGCUGGAAAACACACUUCCUUUGCCAUGAGAGGAGAGUGGUCCACAUUAUAAUGUCAGUUACACAGGCUGAAGUAUUGCAUUUUGGCUCUGAUAUUGAUGGGACCAGAAUCUGAUUUACAGCUUUGCUUGGACUUUUUGGCUUGCUUAUGGCUUGAAUCAAUGUUCAAAAGAGAACUGUGACUUGUUAGUUUCACUUGCAGUUAAGUCUGCCACUUCAGCCACUUUUGGUUUUUGCCAGUGAGUCAGGGAAUGAAGUCAUUCUUUGUUUUGAAAGGAUGUUUGUCUCUCUCAGAUGAGAUAAAAAAUUUUUGAGAAGAAAAUACUGUAAACAGAAAGAGCUGAGAGACCUGUCUGGGGGUCCUUUUCCGGACAGAAAUUGUGCAAAUUGUGUAAAUUUGCUUUCCAGAAGUGCUGAUCAGAGGCUGCAUCCCCUGAGACACAUUAAACCUUUACUCACUCAGAGUUCACAGUGGACCAAAGAUGAUAAUUUUUGCAUAACUUCUUAGUGAAUGAAAUAAUAUUCACCAGGUUUUGGCACUUCUGUUGGAAGGACCCCAGGAAUACUGUAUUUGUAACCUUACCUAUUCUUUGUUUGAUUUUGCUACAUGAUUUUGCUAUAGUAGCUCCAUACAGUCUUGAAGAACAACCAAUCUUAGAACUUACUUGUAGUAUAGGACAAUGUUAGGCCCUACAAAUACAUUGUUAUUAAUUUUCCGUUGUAUUUGAACAUUUAACAUUACCACACAAAUAUGAGUGCCUGCGCUUUUAUUUACAAAUGAGAUUGUCACAUUAUCUCUUUGUUCCAAGAAACAGCUUUUUAUAAAUGAAACAGUAAAUGCCACAAGAUUUCAGUAGAAAGUACAAAUUUCUCUUAACUCUUUCAAAUAAUACUUAAAUGGUGCAUAGGUUUGGGGUGGACUGCAUAGAAUGCAAACAACUUAGAAUGAACAUUAGUUUACAUUUCAUGUCAUAAGUUGUUGGGUUUUUUUAAAGAAGUGAGACUCAUCUUUUCCUCAAAAUUGUGCUAUUUUUUAAUGUUUUGGAUUUUUUGUUUGUUUGUUUUUGUCAUUUUGUGAAGUCCUUUGUUCUUUUUCCUUUCAAAGCUCUCAGAGCGCGGUGCCAAAUCCUUGCUUGUUAAGCUAAUCAGCAGUGACGGAAGUGGAAACAGGACAGAGUUUGGUAACCACCAUCAGACAAUCUCAUGAACAUCUUCCUCAGGGCUUUUAAUUCAUCAGUUUGGUUAUGAACACAGUCCUUAAAUAGAACAGUAGGCUUCUCAAAAUCUCACUAUAAAUAUUGCCACCUUGGAUCAGCAGGUGCAGUAGAAAAACAAUCCCAUUAAAUCCACAGCAGUGUGCUGUACUGCCAGAUGAGUGAGUGUUGAAUUUUCUAGUUUUCUGCAGUUGUUUUAAUUCCUUGGUCCUGUUCACAGUUAGAAGAAAGCUCAAAUGUGGAAGCCUCGGUAGUAACAUUAUUAGUUACUGGAAGCAGUGGUAGCAUUAGUUCUUGCACAAACAUAUGCUUAAUGAAAGCUCAAAUCAAUAGCCUGAUUUUUUUCUUUCAUUUCAGUAUAAAUUGUAUUUUCUUUUAUAAUGCCAAACAGUGUUUAGGGAGCUAAACGGUAUGAGUUCUCUACAGUUCAAGAGAAUGCAUUAAUUUAAGCAAAGCCAACAGCUGCAAAUAUGUACCUUACAAUGAAGUGACACAGACACUAACAGCCUUCACAGUGUGAGGCUCAAAACUGACCCUUGCCAAAUUGUCAGUAGUGGGUUCAGACAAGAGUCAGAAAAGUUCAGCCUCUGCCGCAAAGUAGACAGAUAACUUUAUUUUCAAAUGCAAGAAAUGUGAGGGAGCUGAUAAGUUUUAAAACACUGAGGAGAAACUAGCAUAAUCUGAAAUGAGAAAGAAAGGGAGAGAGCGAAGCCAGCAGCAUGCUAAACAGUGUGCAACUGAGUAAAAGAUGACUGAUGAGUGUUAAGACUGGCUAAAAAUAAUCUCUCAAGAUUCUGAAGUCCUGCUUAAAGGGACGUACCUGAGGUACUGUAUUUGCCUUAAUAAAGCCAUUCCCACAUUUUUUUUGCUAUGCCAAUGUUAUUACACAUUAAAUAUUUUAAUUUGCCAUGGUUUAUUUAUUAGUAGUAGCAAUAAAACACUAUAUGUGACUACCAUUGCUUGGAUUUUGACAAUCCCAAGUGCCUAACUUCAAGGAAGAUACAAAUGUAAUUUAAAAUCUACUGACUGAUUUUUAUGCAGAGAAAAAGGCACUAUAAGGUUUUAAGUGAUAUAUUUAAGAGAUGUGGAUGUGGGAGAUGCAGGAGAGCAGAUGACAGACCAAGGGUCAUGUCCAGUCCUUUAUGUUCUUUUUAGCAAUGGCUUACAGCCAGUUACUUGCCUUGGAAAUUGCUUUCCAUCAGAAUUUAUAUAAUUUCAAGACUUGGAUUAACACAAUUUAAAUACAAGAGGUAAACAAAAGUAUAUUGGGAGCCUUAAAAAUCGCUUCAGUUCUGAAAAGUGUCACUCACUUCCUUAAGCAAAAUAAAAAUCUAUCAGCCUUGAAGAUUCAGCAUAGCCUGGGGAACAUAAGGGCUAUAUUCUUUUCUGCGUCGUUAAAUAAAUGAACUAAAUCCCA